UGAAAGCAAUGCAUGACUUUUUCGCAUACAGUAGAUGCAUUGAGCUUCUGGUUCAUACGUAGCACUGCAUCUAAUCAUUAUUGAAUAUUGAUUAAGCCGGCGGCCUUUGGUUAAAUCAUUGAUGCGUGCACCCUUUUCUUCCGUAAAAACAGUUCCUACUUCCUGGUACUUACCAAUGACCAUGCAUGCACCUACCAUACAGAAGUAAAGAAUAGUGUUAUUUAUCACGAAUCAAAGGCAAAUAAUCUUCACUCAUCUUAUGUAUAUAAAUAAAAUGAAAUGGAAAGAAAUCGAUGACACGUUAUGUACAUUCAUUCUUUCAUCCAUCACUCAGAAAUUUGUUUUGGUUCAAAACAUCAAUUGUGAGUAACUAACUCUUAAGACUCCUCAUUCACGUGCAUAUCAGUGGAAGAGCAUGAACUUAUUUUGUUCAUCACACAUCAAUAUUAUUAUCAUCCUCUCGAUCUGGUCCUUCUUACCCGUGCUAUGCCUAUGCAACUCAAAAGCUACGUAUAUAGUCCACAUGGACAAGUCUCACAUGCCCAAAGUUUUCACCUCCUACCAUAACUGGUAUUCAUCCACCCUUAUCGACUCUGCUGCCACUCCUUCCAUUUUGUACUCUUACGACAAUGCACUUCACGGCUUCAGCGUUUCCUUAUCACAAGAACAAUUGGAGACUCUAAAACAAACCCCAGGUUUCAUCUCAGCAUACAGAGACAGAGAAACCACGCUGGACACCACCCAGUCUUACACCUUCCUCUCUCUCAACCACUCCCAUGGCCUCUGGCCUGCUUCCAACUACGCCCAAAACGUCGUCGUUGGCGUCAUCGAUUCCGGAAUCUGGCCUGAGAGCGAAAGCUUCAAAGACCAUGGAAUGGAAACUCAAACUCCUCCGAAAUGGAAGGGAAAGUGCGAGGGUGGUCAAAACUUUGACUCCUCCCUAUGUAACUCCAAACUCAUAGGCGCAACCUACUUCAACAAAGGUCUUCUCGCAGCGCACCAAGCUGACGCUACCAAAAUUGGAGCCGACUCAGUUAGAGACACCGUGGGACACGGGACCCACACUGCAUCCACGGUGGCAGGAAACUACGUGAACGGGGCCUCGUAUUUCGGUUACGCUAAGGGCACAGCCAGAGGAAUUGCGCCACGUGCUAAAAUUGCCGUGUACAAGGUUGCGUGGGCACAAGAAGUCUACGCCUCCGACAUCCUAGCAGGUUUGGACAAAGCCAUCGCCGACGGAGUGGACGUGAUUUCAAUCUCAAUGGGGUUGAACAUGGCGCCCUUGUAUGAGGAUCCUGUAGCCAUAGCCGCAUUCUCAGCUAUGGAAAAAGGAGUUGUGGUUUCAGCUUCAGCGGGGAACGCAGGCCCGUUACUGGGGACCUUACAUAACGGGAUUCCGUGGGUUUUGACGGUUGGAGCGAGCAACACAGAACGUGUUUUCGGGGGGACGUUAAUUCUGGGGAACGGGAAGAGGUUUUCGGGGUGGACACUGUUCCCAGCGAGUGCCACGGUCAACGGCCUUCCUCUGGUUUACCAUAAGAACGUUUCGGCGUGUGACUCUUCACAACUCCUGUCACGUGUGGCGCGAGGGGGCGUGGUCAUAUGCGAUUCUGCCGAUGUUAACCUUAACGAACAGAUGGAGCACGUGACUUUGUCUGGAGUGUACGGAGCGGUGUUUAUAUCAAGCGAUCCCAAAGUGUUUGAACGGAGAAAAAUGACGUGUCCCGGCCUUGUCAUUAGCCCUCGGGAUGGGGAAAAUGUGAUCAAAUAUGCACGAGGGACUCCACGCGCUUCCGCGACUAUAAAGUUUCAAGAAACCUACCUUGGACCCAAACGGGCUCCCACGGUGGCCAGUUACAGUUCCAGAGGCCCGUCUUCGGAGUGCCCGUGGGUAUUGAAGCCCGACGUCGUGGCCCCUGGCUCGUCCAUUUUGGCCGCUUGGAUUCCGGAUGUGCCCGCGGCCCGAAUUGGCCCAAAUGUGGUUUUAAAUACUGAAUACAAUUUGAUGUCGGGAACGUCGAUGGCCUGCCCUCAUGCUUCCGGGGUGGUGGCUCUGUUGAAGAAUGCACAUCCUGAAUGGAGUGCUUCUGCUAUUAGGUCUGCGUUGACUACCACGGCUAACCCACUGGAUAACACCGGAAAGCCCAUUGAGGAAAGCGGAGACUGGCCUCAACGGGCUUCUCCUCUAGCCAUGGGGGCUGGCCUUAUUGACCCUAACCGGGCCCUUGACCCGGGCUUGAUUUAUGAUGCCAGCCCUCAAGACUAUGUUAACCUCCUCUGUGCGAUGAAUUUGACCCAGGCCCAAAUCAUGGCCAUUACUAGAUCAAAGGCCUACUCUAAUUGCUCCAGAGCAUCCUAUGACCUCAAUUAUCCUUCUUUCGUGGCUUUCUAUGCUGACAAGAGUGUGAAAGUGGAGACAAAAUUCCGGAGGAUUGUGACUUACGUUGGAGAUGGUCCGGCUGUUUACACUGCUCGAGUGAGCUCCUACAAUGGCACUGCAAUCUCCGUAUCUCCCAAUAGGCUGGUCUUCAAGAAUAAACAUGAGAAACGGAAAUUCACUUUGAGCUUCAAGUCUCAAAUGGACAAGGACUAUGAUGUGGCUUUUGGUUCACUCCAAUGGGUUGAAGAAACUGGAAGGCAUCUUGUUAGGAGUCCCGUUGUACUGGUACCUAGGAACGUUGCCUUCAACUUCCAAACUCGGAUUUAACUUCUUCACCUUCUAUUCUGCUUAUCAUCUACUCUUCCCUUGAAUAUCAAUAUAUCAUUGAUUAUCUUUCUUUACUGGAAGGAAUAUCAUUGAUUAUCGUUAUUAUCUUUCAUAUAAUUAAAUAAAAGACUUAUUUAAUUAGUA